AUGCAGCAGAAAGAACCGAGAUUAAGGGAAAAUUGGUUUGAACAACAAUAUCAUAAGCUGAGAAAUUGGGUCGAGGAAAAUGUUGGUUUAGAAAAACCGGAAGAUACUUUAAACGAUUCCACAGAAGAAAAACAUAAAGCGAUUUUGGACGAAUUUACAAGCAUCAUUAAAAACGAUCUUUCCGAAGGAAAGAGAUUAUCAGAAAGUGAAGAUGCUGAUUUGAAUAAAAGGAUAGCUUCGUUGAUAAAAUCAGAGAAUAUAACGGCUCCAAGAUUAGCUGACGAACUGACUAAAAUGGAAGAUAUGGUUGAAUCGAAUACUGAUUCCAUUGUAAAUUUAAAAAAUUUAGACGAACUUCAGUCUAGAUUCAAAUCUAAUGACGAGAUGGAAGAUGAAAAUAAAAAUAUUGAAGACAAUGUAGUUGGAGACAGACAGGUCAAUCGUUGGCAAAUGGUCAAUUUGACUAAGGGUUCAAAUCCUGAAACGCCUGAAGUUAACAAAGCACCACUUGUCGAUCCUAAUGUCGUUGACCUGAAAACGAUAAUGAGCGGAUUGAAAUCAGUGCCACAUAUGGUUUUAGAUGGAGCGCAAAAAGUCGCAAACAUAAUACGUCCUGAAGGUAAGGACAUAACUGUUGGAGAUGCACAGCAAACGCCUACAGUUGAAGCAGAAGACAAAGGAAAUGAUACAGUCGGAUGUAGUUUAGAAAAGGAUAGCGACGAAGAAACCAUAUACUUGCAACCCCCUGGGUAUGGUUAUGGUUAUAGGGAGUCAAAAAAUCAGGAUAAACUACAUUUACCAACGUUAGAUGAGAUUUUCCAUCCACAUUCUAAAAAGAAGUCGCACGAAUUAAGUCAAUUUGAAGAACUUUUGCAUCCACAAGAGAGCAGAAGUGGUGCUAAAGAUAAACCAGUAACUGGAUUACCGAAACUAAUCCAGGAUUUAGAACAUUUAACGUUGCCUCCUAUACCCGGCUUGAAGCCCCAUCAUAAACACCACCCGAGUACUUUACCUCCACCACCACAGUAUGUCGAUCAUAACAUUCCUAUUCCAAAUAAUCCUAAUCCUCCAAUAGAAAAUCCAAACUUUAACCCCAAUAUGCCACUCAACAAUAACCCAUUCUUCAACAAUAAUCCCCCGAAUGAUCCCAAUUUUAACCCGAAUUUUAAUCCUAAUUUAAAUCCAAAUCAACAAUUCAUGGAACCUCCACCUCCUUUCAUACCACCACAAGGCUUUCCAAAUGAAUUUCAAUCAAGACAUGCCCAUGGACACGGACAUGGAGGUCGUCAUAACAUAGUUGGUGCCCAACACAUGCAGAAUAAUCCAAACUUUCGACACGAUCUAGGACAUUUCGGAAAAAUCGUACCAGCCGAAUUGCACGAUUUAAAUAUACACAGCAGAGAUGUUUCUGAACAAAUGAAAGGACAUAAAAUGUAUUUUGUUGGGGAUGGAAUUAAAUUGCCUUUGCAUAUGAACAAACACGACGAUGGGACGCUGCAUUUAAGUGUUGAUAUGCAUAAACUUUGUAAAUGUAAUCAGACAAACUGCAAAAACGAGCCGCACUUUCUCGACACCAAAAUAACUACAGAUCAAGAUGUUCCAAAUGCUCUCGAUGAUGAUGAUGUUAAUUUGGGAAUGGCCGCUCCGACUUCUAAAGAACUAGCAUCAUCUUUGGACGAUAAAGACAUUUUUAAAAGAUCCCCCGACAUUCAACAGAAAUUAAAUGUUUACGAUGAACAAUUUGACGAAGUUCUUCCUAUUAGAAAUAUGCAUAGGGAAAAUUUGGAGAAUCAUAUAAACGCUUUUAAUGAAGAUGUAAACCGUUAUUACGAUAAUGAAAUUUCAGAUAAGAUUCCGGAACGCAAAAAUAAUGACGAAGGUGAUGAUGAUGUAGUGCAGCAACGUGUUGGCCUGCUGACCAAUGUUCUUUCGUGGAUGAAGGACUUAGUCAUGGAGGACGCCAAAUAAUAGUAGAUUUAUUAGUGCAAUUACAUGUUAUUAUUAAAUUUUACUUAAUUUUCUACUUUUAUAUAUUAUUGUAAGAACA